AUGCUAAGGUUGAACCGUCCAAAAGUUUCUCCGGAACUUGACCCAUCCACAUUAUCAAACUAUGAAAAUUUCACAGUUGAGUUAACAACUCUUCAUUUCGAUGUUAAGUUUGACGAGAAGAUUGUUAUUGGUAAAGUGACAUAUCAUUUAGUAAAUCAGGGUAAAGCAGAUCACGUUGAUUUAGAUACCUCUUAUCUUGAUGUGAACACCGUUGUAAUCAACACCAAAUCGGUAGAAUACAAAUUACACGAAAGGAAACAGACAUUGGGUUCAAAAUUAUCCAUUGCGAUACCUUUGUCCAUUCCAAACAAGUUUGAGUUAACAAUUGAAUUUGCUACAACGUCGAAAUGCACUGCAUUACAAUUUCUCGAUAAGGAGGCAACAGAUGGUAAGAAGUAUCCUUACUUAUUUUGUCAAUGUCAAGCUAUUCAUGCACGUAGUUUGUUUCCAUGUUUUGAUACACCUGGUAUAAAAUCGCCUUUUGAGUAUACAGUAAAAUCACCAUUGAAUACAUUGAUGUCUGGUUUAUUUGUGAAGCAGGAAAAGGAUACUUAUUUCUUCAAACAACCGGUACCUAUUCCAUCAUAUUUGGUUUCUAUUGCUUCAGGUGACAUUGCCCGUGCUUCCAUUGGACCUAGAAGUGAUAUAAUGACAGAACCAGUGAAUUUAGAUAAAUGUAAAUGGGAGUUUGAAAAAGACACCGAGAAAUUUAUCCAAAUUGCCGAAAACUUGAUCUUUGAUUAUGAAUGGCAGAGAUUUGACUCUUUGGUUUUACCAGCUAGUUUCCCAUACGGAGGAAUGGAAAUACCUAACCUUUGUCAAUUAACUCCAACAUUGAUCUGUGGUGACAGGUCCUUGGUAAAUGUUGUUGCUCAUGAAUUAGCUCAUUCUUGGUCAGGGAAUUUGGUUACAAAUUGUUCAUGGGAACAUUUUUGGUUGAAUGAAGGAUGGACAAUGUACAUUGAAAGAAGACUUUUAGAAGCCAUUGCUGUUAUUGAGGCUAAAAACAAUGGAAUGAAUGACAAAGAAGCAGAGGCGUAUGGUGAGCAAGUACGGCAAUUUAGCGCUAUAAUAGGCUGGACUGACUUGGAGAAUGAUUUGAAAUCAAUGGGUGACAAUGUUGAUAAAUAUUCCGUAUUGGUUCAAAACUUGAAAAACGGACAAGAUCCAGAUGAUUCGUUUUCAACUGUACCUUAUGAAAAAGGGUUCAACUUGUUGUACUUGAUUGAAAAGACUGUUGGUAAGAGUAAAUUUGAUCAUUUUAUUCGCGAUUAUUUCAAACAUUUCAGGUACAAGUCUUUGGAUACUUAUCAAUUUGUCGACUAUUUAUACAAUUAUUUCAAAGACGAGAAACAGAGUUUGGAUGGAAUAGACUGGGAUGAAUGGUUAUUCAAGCCAGGAAUGCCACCUGUGGACCCUAAAUUUGAUACUUCAUUGGCAGACGUAUGCUAUAAAUUGGCCAAGAGAUGGUAUUUAUACGCAAGUAACAAAGAUAAUGGCGAUACAGUGUUUGUACCUGGAGAAAUUACAAGUUUUACAGCAAACCAACAUAUUGUGUUACUCGAUACAUUGAUAUCUUAUGAAAAAGUGGCAGAUUUUUCAUGGAAACAAAAUCCAAAAGCAAUGUUUCUCAUGUCUCAAUUGUACAAAAAUCAAUAUAGUUCAAGUCCCAAUGCAGAAAUCAAAUUCAGAUGGUUCUAUUUACAAGUUACUGGUGGCACACAAGAUUUUGAAAAUAAAUUAGGUGAAUUUUUGGGUACUACAGGAAGAAUGAAAUUCGUUCGACCUGGUUAUAUGCUAUUAAACAAACAAUUCAGCAAUGUCACCGAACGAUUCAGUAUUGAGAGGCUCAAGUCUGAGUUUGCUUCAGUCCACCAAACUGUUUCCAAAUUGCGUUCACCACAGGAAUUUUUUGACUUUCGCCGCAUUUCUAAACCAAGCAACUUUGGUGAAAUCCAACAAAGAGUUAGUUAUAAUUUAGGAUAUUUCUCAGCCAACUAUAUUACUAUUGUGAUGAUUUUGAGUGUUUAUGCUUUGGUUACUAAUUUGCUAUUAUUGUUUGUUUUGGCUUUUGUUAUUUUGGGAGUAUAUGGUAUUAACAAGUUGGGCGGUGAAGAUUUGGUGACUCCAUUUGGUAGAGUAAACACUUCACAGUUGUAUACUGGAUUAUUGAUUGUUGCUGUACCCUUGGGAUUCUUGGCCAGUCCCAUUUCAACUUUGAUGUGGUUAAUUGGACUGAGUAUUCUACAAGCUGUUGCUUCACUAUCGAGUAAAGCGAGAUUACUGCUCCACUAUCUCGCUCUGCUCGAUAGUGUCGAUAGUGUCGUUGAAUCUAAAGAGGACAUCAGUAUGGCCUCCAACUCGCCACAUUUCUCUAAUAAGGUUAAAAAAUAUGUGGCUGAUAGUGUCGGUGGCAGCUGGUGUGCUCAAGCUGGUGUGCCACACUAUCGAGCACAGCGAGAUAGUGGCGAUGAUGUUGGUGGCAGCUGGUGUGCUCCACUAUCUCGCUCUGCUCGAUAG